AUGGCCGACGUUGAGAUGAGCGAUGCGCCCGUCGCUAAGAAGGGCGAGGCCUCCGGCAGCAAGAGUGUCGAGGGAAAGAAGAAAUUCGAGGUCAAGAAGUGGAAUGCGGUCGCUCUCUGGGCAUGGGACAUCGUUGUUGACAACUGUGCUAUCUGCCGAAACCAUAUCAUGGAUCUAUGCAUCGAAUGCCAGGCAAACCAAGCAUCCGCUACAAGCGAAGAAUGCACCGUGGCCUGGGGAAUAUGCAACGUAGACCGCGAGCUUGAUAUCUUGGAGGAUGUAGCCGACAACGAAGGAGAUCAGCUAGUUAUAAUCAUCAGCGAAACAGCCCAGCGAGUUAUCAGGAAUGACUUGGAGGGGAAGAAGACGUACGCCAGAAAUGACAAGGAGAACUGUAGCAAGGAGCUCGGCCAGCUUCUGUCCUUCAAAGUCCUACAGUGGAGCUUCAGUCAGCUGUUGAUCAGUGUCAAGUUCGGAAUUGGUCUCGACACCUGGCUGUUAGAAGGCUCAUGGACUAGUCCGCUUUCGGUAAACAAGCUUUUGCGGGCUGGAGAAGAUUCGAUGUCUAAGCGAAUGAGGACCAAGAUGCCGUAA